CGCUGCAAAUUAGAUUGCUGAUAUCUCUUUGUGUGUCCAAUGACGAUAAAACUGGCCAGUCAGCUGGGUGUGUUGUGUUGGAGUUUGAACUCUGGACCUAAGCAGAGGAGCUGAGAAAUAUAGUGGGGAAUCUUUAGAGGAACCGAAAGCUUGGAUUUAAACGAAAGCAGCGAAGAAGCGUGGAUAUUUUGACGGGGAUUCGGUAGUUUUGGAGAUUUCACCCAAACAUGGAAUCCACAGAGUACUACCCAGAGCAGGGUUCUGACUGCUCAGAGCUGCUCGACUGGCUGUUUGAUAAAAACGACGGAAUCCUGCGUCACGAGGAAAUAGGAGAGCAUGGCAUCCCUCCCAGCCUGCCAUUUCAGGAGCCAAAUGUUUAUGCCACAGCCAGCUGGACAAGCGGACGAUGACUUUCUCAAUGCCCUUCUGAGCGGCAGUGAUUCUGUGUCAGCCUCACCGCUGUGGUCCCCAUCGCCUAGUGACAGUGGGAUCAGUGAGGACCCUCCAUCGGACCAGAUGGACAGUCCUCAGCGCCCUGAAAGCCCUCCAGACGCACACUUUUUUGGAGCAGCACUACGAGCCAAAGCAGUCCUAGAAGCAAAUGUCUCCUCUGAUCCAAAUGGCUGGGAGCUCGGCUUUCCAAUGGGGAGAGCAAGAAUCUCGCAGUAUCUAUCAGAUGCACAGCGACCACCACUGUCAUCUGGCUUCCCUCUGACUGUCAAGGAUCUGCUGCUGUCUGGCACACCAGAGCCGCCCCCGCAGCCAACCCCAAAGUCCAUCCAAGAACUGAUUCUCAACGAUGAUGAAAAGAAGCUUUUAGCCAAGGAGGGGGUCACCCUGCCCACCCAGCUGCCGCUCACAAAGUAUGAGGAAAGGAUUCUGAAGAAAAUACGCAGGAAGAUUCGUAAUAAGCAGUCUGCCCAGGAGAGCAGGAAGAAGAAGAAGGAGUAUAUUGAUGGGCUGGAGAGCCGCAUGGCUACUUGCAGUGCCCACAACCAGGAGUUGCAAAGAAAGGUGUCCCAGCUGGAAAAAUGCAACAUGUCUCUAAUGGAGCAGCUCCGCAGGCUGCAAGCUCUGGUCAUGAACUCAUCCAACAAGCCAGUCCAGACUGGGACAUGUGUACUGGUGCUUCUGCUGUCCUUCUGUUUGAUCCUGGUCCCCAGUCUCAAGCCUUUCUCUGAUUCGAAGGUCAGCCAAAGUGACUUCAGUCCAGUCAGAAUCCAGUCACGGUCCCUACAGAACCUCCAGGCUUCCCGUGUGAUGGGUGUUAUCGACCCGUCUUUCCCUGCCGAGGAUGAAUCAGACCCACUGAACCAGCGUUUCCCCCAGGAGCGGGGAUUGGGAGACAUCACAGACCUGACAAUGAAGAAGAAGCUUCCGGAAGAACAGGAACAGCCCGGCUUGGACUCCGUGUCUCUGAAUAGCAGUCAGGAAGAUGGAAGCAGUCAUUUCCAUGUAGACCCAAUUACCGGCAACAUAGCUACUGUGACUCUGAAUCCCCAUCGCACCACUGGGCUACAACCCCAUGCCGACGACAUGUAAGAAAUGACAAAAUCUGCCCUGAUUAAAUCAGUCCUGCUAAUGAUAAGGGAGAGAAUUGUCAUGGACUUUUGUUUACACAGACGGGGAAAUUUACUCUUGAUCCUUCCUGUUUUACCCUUGAAACAUACAGUGGUUCUCAAAAGUCAUCUCACCCGUAAAACUCCUAAAACAUUGUCGACGAAUCGAUUCAAGCCAAGGGAGUUGUAGGAUUACUUCUUCGCCACAAGCAUGAGUGGCUGCGUUUCCUUCUGGUGCCAGGAUGAAAUGAACGGGUUUAGUGUAAAAAAUGUCAGUUUUAGAAACACAGAGCUACAGAAACUCUGUGGGGGUCGUUGAAGAGGUGUUGCGGACAAAAGAAGUCCUACAAUACAACAGAUUUAGAGAACUUUGCAAGGUGGAGUAGGCCGGUAUUGCCACGUCAAGAUGUAUCAAGGCAAUGGACCGUAGAAGACAGAGCGCUGAAAUUCUGAUUUCAGCUUCAAGGAUUAGUUUGAAGGUUUUCUCAUUCAAGCAGUAGUUGCUGAAAAUAUUUUGAAUUUUAUUUUAUUUUUUCCUUUUCGUCUCGUCCUUUUACUUAAAAAAAAGUAAGACAUUUGAACGGGGGUGCCUAAGACUUUUUAUAUCCACUGUAUUUAGUGUUUUUUUUUUUCUUAUUUGUCUUUUUUUUUUAUUUGAAAGAGGAUAUUAAUCUUACAUGGAUGUGAUUGACGUGACUCGCUUAUGUCUUUGACAAACACUUCAAUAUGAAUAUGUCUCAGUAAAUGAACGAGUGUCGCCACAUGGUUUUGUAAAAUAUUGAUUCAAACAGCUAAUUUUUUGAAGCUACGGGUCAGUUUUGUUAUCCGUUUGUUAAAAAAUAGAUAGCAACAGCUUAGAUUCAGCUGCGAGCGAAUUUGCAUCAGAUUAGAAGCGGAAAAGCAAUGUGAUUGUUUUUGAAAUGCUCUGAUGAAAAUUUGUUUUGUUAAUUAAAAAAAAAAGUCGCUCUGAGCGUGCGGUGCUGCA